GAGAGAGAGACAGAGAGAGAGAGAGAGAGAAAGUGCAGCAGCCGUUCGUUCUCCCGGUACUAACGUGUAACAUACGACGUCUCGCGCCGUGUACGUCGUGCACACCACGGCAAUCACGGUGCGCGUUCGAUCGGGGAUUGGCUGGCUACUCGCGGCUCUCCUCGGUCUCUCGCCGCUGCGAGGGGUGGUGCCGACGCGAGAGAGAGCCGGCCCUUUCGUCGUGGGCAGCGCGCGCCGCACGACGUUCGCUCGGCGCCGCGGCGCGGAAAUGGACGACAUUCCGCCGCGCCGCAGCCCAGGGUAGGGAAGAGCCGUGCGCCAUUGGACACGGAGGAGGUCGGCCGCGGCCACGACGGUGCUCUGGUUGGGAGGUUGCAGCGCGACGACCUCCAAUCCAGGCUACGGCACGAGUGGCGAGAUGGCGGAGGUAGGGGCACUCGGUAGUGCGGGGGUGUGGGUAUAGAUCGACCGCAGUAUCCGUGGAGACGCGAUCGCGGUUACUCGAGUGUCGUCCGGUCGCUUCUCCGGCGCGAACACGGAACGCUGAGAGAGCGAGAGAGCUCGUCGCGUGCGUGCGCGCGCGCGCGCGGACAGUCCCACUGACGAGUGCGUAGAGGUUCAUCAUCUUGCUCCUCCUGCUCGUGGUGAUAUUUAUCGUGACACGUGCCGCUGCAGCGACGACGACUGCAGCUCGUUGACUUGCCUCGGCCAGCCGCGCGCACUUGGAGUCAGCGUGGUUGGGUCCGAUGGGGAUCUCGGCUCGUGGCUGCGCUGCUGCGGCAGUCGUUAACAAGAACAGUCUCUCUCGCGCUUUUCCCGAGGCCGACUCGGCCGGAGGAUGCCGGCGGCGUUCAGGUACCGGCGAACGUCGCGGACGAUGCUGAGCGUCGCGCUGACCUCUGCAAGAGCGCUGGAGUCGUCCUAGAGGACGAUUGCAAGCGGAGUCAGAGGCCGUGGAUCGUCCAGAUCUGUCUAACUUGGAAUCGUCGACGCGCGUCUUCUCUCUCUCUUUCUCUCUCUCUCUCUCUCUCUCUCUCUCUUCCUCCUCUCUUUCUUUCCCUGUCCCCCCCGUCCUUCCUUCUUCACCUUGUAUCGCCCUGUUCGAUAAUGCCGCGGCCGUCGCGCGAUACCUACGGUGACCAGAAACCACCAUACUCUUACAUAUCGCUGACGGCGAUGGCGAUAUGGUCGUCAAGGGACAAGAUGUUACCGCUCGCCGAGAUUUACAAGUUCAUCGCCGACCGCUUCCCGUAUUACAGGAAGGACACGCGACGAUGGCAAAACUCUUUGAGGCACAACUUGUCCUUCAACGACUGCUUCAUCAAGGUGCCGCGUGGUCCGCAUCGGCCGGGCAAGGGAGCCUACUGGGCGUUGCACCCCGCCGCGUUGUCCAUGUUCGAGAACGGCUCGCUCCUCCGCCGACGGAAACGCUUCAAGCUGCACAAGCCGGACAAGGAGCUGCUCAAGUCCGAGCUGCAGGCGCUCGCCUCAGCGAUGCCGCCGCCUUUACCACCCCCGCCGCCGCCGCCGCCGCCGCCGCCGCCACCACCGCCGCCGCCGCAGCCGCAGCCGCAGCCGCAGCCGCAGCCGCAGUCGCAGCCGCACGUGGAGUCCGCGGUCGUCGACGCGGGCGCGACCUGCUCCGCCAACGGCCUCAGCCUGGCGAACCUCCAUCGUCUGCGAGACGACCUCCUCCGUUGGGAGAUACAGGAGAGACGGAUGAUGAUCGCCGCCGCCGCCGCCGCCGCCUCCGCCUCCUCCUCCGGCCCCGGCGAAUUCGCCACGAGCGGCUUCGGCUCGCGGUUCGACGGAGGCGCGACCUCCGGUCUACCGGCGGCCGUACCCGCCGCCCCGGAAGCGGUCGCCGCCGGUUACUACCUGCUGUCGCCGGAGGUCAGGCAGAGAUUGACCGCCGACGGCGGCAAUGAGAUCCUCAGGACGUACGAGACGGCGGCGCUCCUGCACUCCGCGUCCUCCUGGAACUUCCCCAGCUUCCCGGUCUCGCCGUCGUCGUACGCGGCGGUCUCGCAGCUACCGUACCUCCAUCAGCAACCACCUGGCGCCACCAGGCAACAGGGCAUCCCACCGCGGGAGAUACGGGACGAGCGACGGCGUCUGUCCUCCGGUGAGCGCGCGUUGGAGAGCGCGAGAGACGGCGAGACGACUGUCUUCGCGGUCGAGAGCGCGGCCUACGAAGUCGCGGCCUACCGCGACAAGCUCGCCGAUGCGGACGAGCCGCUCUCGUCGUCCUCGUCGUCGUCCACCUCGUCGUCUAGGAUGAAUCUCUACGGGCGGGGCGCCGUGACCUCCGGUGGUGGCGGCGGCGGCGGCGGCGGCGGCGUCUCGCCGCCUAUCUCGCCGACCUCGCCGCACUCGCCCGCGUCCAAGUCCUACCGUCACCUCUCGCCGAUCUCGAGUCUAGUGGUGGAGGUCGAACGGACGUUGCCCAGCAGCCGCGAGGACCCGCUGACGGCCGCCGCGCUUGUUCUCACCGCGACGAACACGGCGCUACCGAGCGUCGCCGAGAAGCGUGUGAAGAAGCCGUUCACCAUCGAGAACAUCAUCGCGCCCGACGACAACCUGCGCGAGAGCGCCGGCGAGACAGCCGGCGGCGGUGGCAGUGGUAGUGUUGGUGCUGGUGCUGGUGCUGGUGCUGGUGCUGCUGGCGGCGAUCAAGCGACGGCGGCGGCUGCGAGGCUGUCCGACGAGUCGAUCGCGAAAAAGUCCUCGCUCCUCGCACCCAGGCCGCUUUACGCCGGCUACUCGAUGUCGGUCGCGACCGCGGGCAUUCAGAGGCCCUCUUACGGCACCGCCACCUGAACUCCGCUCCGCGUCCCGACCGAGCACAGCCGUGCACAGGCUCUUCCAGGGGACGCCGCAGCCAGACGGAAGCGUAACGUUGAUUCGACGUUGAAAUGGUCAACGAACCGUUGAAUCAACGUUGACUCGACCCUCUUCGACGUCGACAUCAACGUUGGGCUUCUGACUGGCCAAAGACUCGGGACGUCUUCGCGACACGCCUUUCAUCGCGUUCCUUCAGCCAGCGGGGGAAGUCGCGCUUCUGCUGUUACGACGACUCCUCGAGAGACGACGCGUUCGGAACGGAACGGCGCCGUCGUCGAACAUUCGCAAAAUCAGUACGAGCGAUUUUCAUGCGUUGAUGCGCGUCCCGUCCGGAACGGGGGGCGGGGAGGAGGGGGCGCGUCGCAAGGAGAGACGAUCCUUCGCUGUCCCCUCAUUGACGGAACCGCGCUGUACCUUGCCACCUCGUUGAACGAUAAACUCGCGUAAGAUUGUGCGAGGCUCUUCGUCGCGAUCUUCGUUGUCCCAUGCCUGUCGCGAAUCGGUGAUACGCGGAUGACACGCGCAGCCGUGGGAAGACUUUGUAGAUAACGUUAGUUCCUCGUUUCGUAAAUGCCGUCUUCUUAUCGGGAGGUUGUCUUCGCUUCAUAUCGGUUUUCGUCGCACGAGGCCCCCUCGUGCGUGAAGAUGCAACGAUUGUCGCUCUCGAACAUCCACCACGACCGAGUCGCGCGUCGCGGCUUCCGUCUGUGUGAUUCAAUAAGUGGACGAUCUCUGGAUGAGUAGGAGCAGGUGCGAGCGCGAAUACCGGCGUCUUUGUGACCUAAAGUCGAUUGCGUUACUCCGAGCGGCGCGUCAAGCCUGUGCGCGCAACUUGGCGAUUUCACUCGCGCGACUCGGGGAUUCGCCGAGUCGUAUUAUUCCACAGAGCGAAAUUAAGUAAUUGUGCUCUUUCCCCCAAAGAGGGAAAUUUUGUAGAAUUCUUCGAGAUUUCGGAAAUUUUUCCAAAAUCUUUUCCGUCUCUUGCCCCGUCGACGAGUCGACCGUUUCGUUCGAAGGAGAAAAGAAACACAACACAAAACGCAGGAAAGUGUCUAGGCUUUUUACAGCAAUCUGACAAUUGUUUGCGCUCGAGUCGAGUUGAACAAUUUGCGCGAUCGACCGGAGUUACUUUGCUGAAGUAAGAGGAAGAAAGCGCUAUAGAAUUUUACUAUUGCGAGUUGAAGAUAUUUACACGAUUGUUACAUCUUGAAGAUAUUUAUAUAGAGGAGUGAAAAAACGGGGGGAAUUAUAUAUACGCAUUGACUCGCGCUUGUCCUUUUAGAGAGAAAAAGUGUACAUAUGUGUAUGUAUUUAUAGAUUAAUAUAAUUAACUUAUUGAAAAAUUAAAUUUUUAAGCCAAACUAACGUUUGGCUCGAGAAGUAGAGAUUAAGAGAUUUAUAUAUACUUGUAUCGUAAAUUAUUUCGACGAUAUGGCAGAGAGAGAGAGAGAGAGAGAGAGAGAGAGAGAGAGAGAGAGAGAGAGAGAGACACGCGCGCGCGCGCGCACACACAUACACACAUCAUCGUGUAUAUUCCUUUUCCCUAAAUAAAAUUUCAAAAGUCUAUUUUGCAUUUCGAGGUAGACGCAAGGUGGCGCUUGCUUCCUCUUACACGAAAGAGAGAGAGAGAGAGAGAGAGAGAGAGAGAGAGAGAGAGAGACAAAUGUCUGUACGAAUGCGUAAAUUACUCGCAGCGCUCGCGCGUGAAGAGGCAUCGCUGUCACAAAUUUCCGGAAAAUGUCGUCAAGUACGAUCGCUCAAGGUCGAUUCGCGAGACGAAGGCACCAAGCGCGCGUACGUGCGGGGUAUUAUGCAUUAUCAAUGAGGCUCGAUUAAAAUAGAGACACGUAAAACUCUAAAGUGCAAAGUUGCACAUGUUGCGCAGAUCUGAUCGAAGCGUGGCUCUCCGUCGCGCGGUGUGAAAUUUGCUCGUUUUAGGAAAGCCAGAGUACUUGACUGAGUUGCACGCGACUGUUUAACAUACGUACAUCUUCUUAGAGGCACUCGAGUCUGAAUUUCAGACGAGCCUAUUUAACGAACGGGACAGUACAAUCCUGCAAGAGGAAGGAGAAAAUCGCACGAAAUAUCUGUACACUCAUUCGGGCGAAAUAUUCUCGUCCUCCCGCUCUUGUCGUCGUCGUCGUCGUCGUCGUCGUCGUUAUCUUGUCGCCAAGUCGGCCAAGUUUCGCACCGCACCGUGCGUCGUCCUGCUGCCUCUUCUUGCCGAAGAUGCGAAUGACGCGUGCGAAAGAAGGGGCUGCUCGUUCCACACACUCCAGCGCAUCGAUCUAUACUAUCUGUACUCUCGUACUCGCUCGAGCAAAAACGAUUUGUAAAUGUAGAAAACGAUUACGUAGCGAAAUAAAUUAUUGUAUAUAUACAUAGAAC